AACAGAUUCUUUCUGUUACAACACGUUCAGAGCUUCAUCAUGCAUGUGUUCAGGAUCUGGCAUGUGCUGUGUGUGCUUGGCUUCGUGGUUGCAUCCUUAUGUGUGAACGAGGUUGAGUUUGAACAGAACUACGCAGACAACUAUGACAAUGAGAUUUCUCAGGACCAGCAGGAGGGGGACUCUCCAACCACACCAUGCCAGGCCGCAGAUUUCUCCCGCUGGGACAAGCUUUUCAUCGCUCUGGAGGACUCCCACAUGAGGCAGAACAUGCUGCUGCAGUCUCUGGAGCAGUGCUGUGGAGGAAUGGUCUCUCUCAGGACUCAAGUGGAGAAGCUGGCCAGGGGGGCAUGCCAGCAGUGCGUACCCACCAUGGCGUCAGCUUGCAGGGCACAAGCAGAGCAGACGAGUCUUAGGUUGCAACAAGGUCUGGUGGAGCUCAGAGAGGAGGAAGCAGAGAGGGAGAGGAGGUUAAAUUCUACCUUGGAGAUGCUCCUGCACAGUAGUCAUGAGGAGAAUGCACGGCUGAAGCGGCUGGAGGAAAGUAGUGGUCACAGAAAGGUGCCAUCAGGACCAACAGACAGCAGGAUGGGACACCAACCAACACCAAGACCUGGAGGUUUAGGGUCAGUUUUUACUCCGGGGAUGAAGCCGUUCCCAUCUGGGCUGAAAGAGCAGGAAGUGACUUCACCGCUGGACAUGGCCUCGAUGGAAAGAGCCCUGGUUGCCAUAGCAACAGAGCUGCAGAGGGUUCACCUGCAGCUGAGCAGAGUGAUAGAGCAGGCAGGAACAUUGAGGAAGGACAGAGGAGACACAUAAAUUGUCCUGAGGGAAAGAAUAGUAAAAGAUUUACUGGGAACACUCCAGUGGUGAUGAU